GCUCGCUAUGGGGUGGAAGAACGUCUCGACCAUCAUCGAAGGCAGGCUCUUCCUUGGCAAUCUCUCGGCCGCUCGAUCGACGCGUGCCCUGAGCGAGCGGCGCAUCACGCACAUAGUCUCCGUGUGCACCGAGCCUAUCCCCUCUGACCUGCCCGAAUCCGGCAUCAGUCAGCUGCGGAUCCGAGUCGAAGACGUCGACUAUGCGGACCUGCUGAUACACCUUCCCUCUGCUGUCCGCUUUAUCCAUCAGGCGCUGCAGGACGGGGGAGUGGUGCUGGUGCACUGUGUGCAAGGUCUAUCUCGGAGUGCAGCGGUGGUUGCUGCUUAUCUUAUGUACUCGCGGCGUAUAAGUGCUACAGCUGCGUUGGAAGAGGUACGACGAGCCCGCGAACAAACCUGGGUGAAUCCCGGCUUCCAGGAGCAGCUGGUUCUCUUCGAGUUGUGCCAGUACAAUCCGACACCCACCAAUGGAAUCUAUGUUACCUGGAGGCAUCAGAUUACUCACCGCCUGGCUGCCCGACGCUAACGGGGGACAGUUUUAAAAUUUGCUUUCGUUUUCUCCUGCUUUGUUUUGUCUGCUCUUUGGUCUGCGUAGUGUAUUUUUAGUGUACCGUUGCUUAAUCUCGCAUAUACUGUCACACUAUUCGAUAGACUCACCCAUGUAUCCUAACGCGGGGCUUGAUAGUGGGAGGCGGGAGAUAGAAUUCAUUUGUCAGCGGUGUGUUAUUUAUUCACGAGAUUUGACAUACGCAUUCAGGCUUCGAACUUCCCCUCUUCUUCCUA